CGUAAUGGCUUCCAGUAUCGUAUGUAGUGCAUAGGGCUCUAGUACUAGUGCGGUGUGAGAUACGGCCGCUAGUUGUGCAGGCAAGUUCAACCAGUUAAUGAACUUGUGUAGGUGUGAGUCAUGGCGGAGCAGGACGAGGACAGCGCCCACAUUAAGCGCAGUAAGACUCUGGUCGUGAGACACCUGCCUGCAGACCUGAGCCGAGAGGAGAAGGAGGACCUACUGGUGUAUUUCGGCGCCUCGUCCGUGCGCGUGCUCUCCGAUAAAGGCCCUUUAAAACACACUGCUUUUGCGUCGUUCUCCAGCGAGACUUCAGCCUCGAAGGCUCUGAGGAGACUCCAUCAGCUGAGGAUUCUGGGUCACACGCUGGUCGUGGAGUAUGCGAAAGAUCAAGACAAUUUCGUGGUGUUGAAGAGUCCGAAAGUUUCCGACAGGUUCGCUGAUGAUCGGGAGGAAAAGGAGAAGAAGGAGAGUCAGCAGCGGAACGUUCCUCUCAUCGAUACCGGCAUCGCACCCAGUCUCGGGUUAAAAUUCCAAGCAAAUCCGACACUGAAAUAUUUAUAUCCUCCUCCUUCGAGUGCCAUCCUGACGAACAUCACACAUACCCUACUGAGCGUGCCCAGGUUCUACGUUCAGGUUCUCCACCUGAUGAAUAAGAUGAACCUGCCGUGUCCGUUCGGACCUGUAACUACCCCUCCUCCAGCGUACACAAUGGCUCAAGGCCCAUUUCUCCCAAUGGUGCCCCCACCCCCUGCAUUACCCCCGGAGAACCCCCCGCUGCCUGAGGGCACCAGCGAUGAAGAGUCGGAGUACGAGAGCGGAGAUGAUGAAGAUAAAGAGAGGAUGAUCAGGCUGAUGGGGCUCGUUAACCAGCCAUGCAAACGACCUCUAAGAACAAAGAUGGCCACCACGAGGAAGAAACCCAAACUGAAGGACCUGCUGUUUACCCCCAAACCUGAUCCGCACAGCGCUCCAGGUCCCACCCUGAGGCCCUCUGACGUGUUCGAGCAGCCGCUCCAUCUCGGACCCAAGAAGAUCGAGUUCCACAUCCCUGCUGAGACGAGUGUGAGAGCGCAGGAGGAGGACGAGGAGGAGGAGGAGGAGACAGGAGAAGCAGCAGACUCAGCGGCGCAGGAAACGGGAGGCUCGGGAUUCGGGAAGCUGUAUCCCAGCACACACAGCUGCAGAGAGGAGGAAAGCGGAGAGGAAGAGGAUGAAAUCCCCUCUGAGUUCAUCUCCAGGAGAGAGCUGGAGAGAGGCCGACUCUCCAGAGACGAGAUGAAAAGGAUGUCCGUGUUUAAGAACUAUGAACCCGGAGAACCGACGUGUAGGCUUUAUGUGAAGAACAUCGCCAAACAAGUGGAAGAAAAGGACCUGAAGUAUAUCUACAGCAGGUACGUCGACACCUCAUCAGAGGACGAGAGAAACAGGUUUGAUAUUGUUUUAAUGAAGGAGGGAAGAAUGAAAGGUCAAGCCUUCAUCGGGCUCCCCAGUGAGAAAAGUGCAGAGAAGGCCUUGAGGGACACGAACGGAUACGUCCUACACGACAAGCCCCUAGUGGUUCAAUUUGCUCGAUCGGCGAAACCUAAACAGGACACGGUGGUUUCGAAGACUGGAUCCAAAAAACAUUAAGCGGAUGUUGAAGUGACGUUAAGACGUGUCAGUCGCAGCUCUGCAGCACAGUGUGUGUAUCCUUAAUCCUGCAUAUCCUUUCACAGACUGACUUCAAACAUUAAUAUUGUUGUUGUUGUUAUUAUUAUUAUUAUUAUUAUUAUAUAAUGUUACGAUUUAGCGAUAGUGAUUAAAGUUCCUUGUUGUUUUGAGCUCCACGCUCUCUCACUUGUGAUUUCAGCUCCCAGGUGAAGAACCUCAUCAGCAUCCUCACGAGAAGUUCAUCACUCUCUCGGAGUCCAUGCCACAGUACAGUCAUUAUCACUGUUUCAUUAGUGUCCCGUGAUGAAAAUAAAGGAUUUCACAUCAGU